AUGUCAACACCUAUUUCUUCUGAAGCAGAAGCAUUACGUCAAGCAGUCUUGUUAUCAAUGAGACGUGAGACAACACAACAAAUUGAGGAUCAUGAAGUAACAACUACAUUAGCCCAACCACAACAAAUUAAUGUAACUCGACAAGAAACAAUAAAAAAUGACGGUUAUACGACACCCCCGCAAAGACAUUCACUUCCUUCUGAAGAGUAUGUUACGCCGGAGGCUCAAAUUCUUGAUCCUUCAGCAAUUGUGGCCUUUUCACCAGAAGAAGGAGAAUACGUAGAUUCUGGCGUAGAAGACUCUGACGAGGAUGACUUCCGAAGGUUUAGACCAAUAACAAACCCUUUUGACAUAAUGCAGGCAGUAGUAAACGGAACUAAUUACGAGCGAACUGCUGGCAACUUAUUUCAACGAUAUCUUGAAAAUUCUCCUGAAAUGGCUUGGGCCUUUGAUAGCGAAACUGGAAGUCCUGCUGAAGAAGGCGAAAUAGAAGAAGGAGAAAUUGUCGAAUCGGAGUUGAAUUCUGAAGAACAUGUAAUUCGGGUCAAGAAUGCAGAUGAAGAGGCAAGAGAAUUGAUGAAAGAGCUUUACGAAGAAUAUGGGGCACGACCACUUGAUAUCAUUGAAGAAGGAAUUCCAAUCGAUGUCGUGGUUCGAUUUACAAGGGAGCUUAAUCACAUAUUGCCACCAGAAUUAGAAGUUUUUAGUGUUGUAACUCAAAAUGGACAAGAACAAGUUUCUUCAUUGAAUACUGUUUCGCUCAGUUCAAUCAAACUUGAACCGGUAGAAGUCAAUUUACCCAUAAUCAACAAUGUGGAGCAUCAGCGCGAAAAUCCCUUGGUGCAAACAAUACCUACAACUUCUCAAGCCGGGCCGAGUUUUGUAUCGGUGGAUAGGCCAUUUAUGGUAUCCAGGGAACAAAAUUUUAUUAUUGAAUUAAGUGAUACUUCAGAUGAUGAGCAUCAUAUAGCUGGCUUUCUUAAAGAAGUUAAAUCAUCAUUAUCUGGCAAUGAAACACAAUUAGAUGCCAAGCGGAAGUUGGAGGAGAAGGAACGUGAAAUAAAGAGAAUGAACGAAUUGAUCGCGAGCAAGACUGAAUUGCUCAAAAGAAAAUCUAAUACAACAACUCAAAGAAUCUCAACCAGCUCGAAUACGGAAACAUCAAUUGACAUGAUUCGAGCAGAAUUGGAAGCUUUCGAAACAGCAAAAUCUCAUGUUUCAGAAGUUAAGUCUCGCCUUAACGAAGAAGAAAAGAGGCUUGAAAGUAUCCGAUCUGAAGUAGCCGAUAUUGAUAUCAAGAUCGGAGAAAGUAGUUCGCUUGCCAAGCAAUGCGUAGAGCAGAUGAAAAAUUACGACUUACAAAAGGGUCAAAUGCUAAAUAAGAGAGAAGAAAUCGAAUGUCGCAUCCGGACACUUCAAGACGAGCUUGCUAAAGUUCAGUAUCAAAUCGACAACGUUGAUAAAGAAAAAGCAAGCACAGCUAUUGGAUUGGCCAAAAAAGAAGAGGAAUAUGCUCAGCAAUUAAGGACGAAAGAACAGCAUUUGGGACGAGAGAGUGGAGUAGUGGAAAACGUCGCACAGAUUAAGAAACAGCUUGGACCUAUGUUAAAGGAUAUUAAGGUUAAAAAAGAACGACUUACUCAAAUGGUUGCUCAGUCGACAAAGACCCGGAACGAUUUGACUUUGGUCGAAUCAUUGCCAUCCGUUCCUAAUAAAAACGGAAAAAGGAGCAUCAUUUACGAUCCAGAAACUGUUCAAGAGGACACUCCUAAGAAACCUAAAUUAGCUCAUGAAGUAGCAGAGCUCAGUAAGAAGAUCGAGCAGGUGAGCAAGGAACAACAAUCAUUGCGAGAAAGCUUAGAGAAGAAGCGUCAAGGAGAGGCAGAAACGACAAUGGUUAAAAAGAUUCAAAAUUUGGGUCCAGACAACGAGUGGAGAGCUGAAAAGAUAGCUUCGCAAGAAGCAAGUAUUUAA